UUCUUCACCUUUUUUAAUUGUCGAAAGAGCAAACAAAAAGAAAACAAAACAAAUGGCAAACCAAAUGUCUUCGUCAUAACCAUAUCUACUCUCUCUUUAACCAAAAUCAUUCAUCUUCUCUCUUUCAAGCAAGCUCUCUCAUCGUCUUCUUUCUUCUUCUAACACCCGCCACCUCAUCUUUUCUUUUUCUCUAUUAUUAUUAAUCCUUCCUUUCUCUUCUUAUCAACUCUUGUCUCGCAAUCUCCUAUUCCAUCUCACCUCCUGUUAUCAUUGCCAUUACUAAAUUUUAUUCUUCAAUAUUUCACAAAAAGUAAACUAAAGUGUGUCAAUGACGCGACUCUUUCGAUCUAAAUCUUGCGGACUUGUUGGACUCACGGAGUUCAAUUCCGCUCCUCCCACUCCAUUCUUUAACCACGGUAACAAAAACAACGACUACGAUGAUGACGAAGAAGAAGAAGAAGACGAAGACGAUGAGGACAACUUCGAAUCGGAGGAUGAGAAUGGUGGUUAUAUUAUUUCGAGAAACCCCAUUUCGACGCCGUUUAUAAGUCCAGGUUCGAGAUUCGGAGGAGGGAGAAGUGAAGGGCAACGUGGUAAUUCUGUACCGAAUCAUCAGAACAGUAACCAGUUCCAGAUUCUGGAUAUUUUGGUGGCGGCUUUGAGGAAGUCGUUGGUUACAUGCAGUGUUGAAAGAGAAGAUGUUUCUUCGAUGGAUAUUAGUUGGCCAACUGAAGUUAAACACGUGUCCCACGUGACUUUCGAUAGGUUGAAUGGCUUUCUUGGUUUGCCCACUGAUCUCGAGCCUGAGGUCCCAAGCAUAGCUCCUAGCGCCAGUGUAAGCGUAUUUGGAGUUUCUGCCAAGUCCAUGCAGUGUUCUUAUGAUGACAGAGGGAACAGUGUGCCAACAAUUCUUCUCAUGAUGCAGAAGCGUUUAUAUUCAGGGGGAGGCCUUAAAGCAGAAGGAAUAUUCCGAAUAAAUGCUGAGAACAGCCAAGAAGAAUCUGUGCGCAACCAGCUUAACAAAGGUGUAGUGCCUCAUGGAAUUGAUGUCCACUGCUUGGCAGGUUUGAUAAAGGCAUGGCUUAGAGAACUUCCAAUAGGAGUACUUGAUUCUCUCACACCAGAACAGGUGAUGCACUGCAACACAGAAGAUGACUGCACUCAACUUGUGAAGUUACUUCCUUCAACAGAAGCUGCUCUGCUUGACUGGGCUAUCAAUUUGAUGGCAGAUGUUGUGCAGCAUGAACAGUACAAUAAGAUGAAUGCACGCAACAUUGCUAUGGUUUUUGCACCAAACAUGACUCAGAUGGCAGAUCCCUUGACUGCCUUGAUUCAUGCUGUGCAAGUAAUGAACUUCCUCAAGACACUCAUCUUAAAGACCAUUCGAGAGAGGGAGGAAUCAGCUGCCAAGUCUAGGUUGUUCUCAUCAUGUUCCAAUUCACCCAGUAACAAGAAUGAUUCACGUUCAUCAAACAUUAGCAAGGGGACUUCCUUUGGUCUAGCCGAGGAUUCUUCUGCCCCUGAAGGUCAUGCCAUCAGCAAGUUGUUGAGGGCUACCACUUUGGGCAGACUGGGAUCGGACACCGAGAACUUUUGGAGAUUUGAGAAGAAGAGUGAUGAAGAAGAGGAAUUUGAAUCUGUAUCAGGCAGCAGCACACCUGCAUUGUGUGAGACGGGGGCAAUGACAAAUCGAUAUGAGAAUGGAGACUGGCUGAGUUUAAGAAAAGGAGUAAGGAGGCUAUGCAGGCAUCCUGUAUUUCAAUUGGGGAAGCCAACAAAGAAGACUAGAAAUCUUGUGAUUGUAAAUACUACAGAAGGGAGUGAGAAGCAUGGAAAUGAUAUGCUAUACACUUAACGUGUCGUUGUUUGUACCAUUUUAUAUGUUUUUAGAGUCCUUGCUUGAGUAGACAGUGUGAUGGUAUUAGGAUAGAUGUUAGUGUUUGGCUAAUUUUCGAGUCAAAAAAAAAAAAAAAAAAAAUGGAAGUUGCUGUUUGUUUAAUCACCCUAACUGAUGCUCUAGCCAAA